UAGUACUACUAGAACCUCUCACGGGUGGUGGUGGAGACUAAUACCAGUAGUUAAGGGUUUCCGAAUUACAUCCCUCACUACCAUCCUUGGCUCCUUUUCAAGGGGAAAAUGGGCCAAGGAUGUUCUGAAGAAUGCAACUCGGCAACCUCUAAAGUAGCGACUUACUUGAAGAAAUAGAUAAGAACGUAUUAUUUAAGUACUAAUAUUAGUAGAUAAUGGCGCCGCAUUACUCCAAGCCUGUGAGUCAGGGGCAGACAACCAGGCAUCACGUUCCAGACGCCAGUCUAUCAAAAAGCGAGCUGAAUCUUCUUGGGAAGAAUGGCAAGAAUUUCACCAGUGAGGAGCGCGUUCGAAUCGCUCUUCUUCAACUGCGCUUUGCUGCUAAAGCCCAUAUUACGUCUUCAUCUUUUAAGGGUAGGUUAAAGGUGCUUUUGUUACCGGUUGUUACGGCUCUCCUAAGACGGACAGCCAUAACAAGCGGGAUAAACGAACACCAAAAGCCUACCUCUACUAAGUCUUCUCCCGGUGGAGAACAAGACAACGGUCGUGAAGGCUCUUUUGCCUACAACUACAGCGCUUCUUCAGGAGAGGACACAGAGUCCAUCUUCUCGCUUCUCUGGGAUUCAGUAGGCGAACUCUUUCAUGCUUUGAAAAUCUUAGCUAAAGCAGUUUUGUCCGAAGUGAAAGAGGCAGCAGCGGAGCUGAGCUGGUUCUUCUUUCGCAAAUGCGUCGACUUGUUGGAACUUUUGUGUGACCUAAGAGGAAAAAGGAGUAAAGAACACAAUGGAGCUAGUCCUGAGACAACUAAUGCACCUCCUACUCCGCUUGCGCAGAUGAUAUUCGCGUGCUUCGUUGCACUCAUUUCAGGUACAACUAAAGUCACCAGUUGUAUAAUUCACGUAGACAAUUGGAUCAUGUACAUGUUUGUGCUUUGAGGACGGGGAAGAUGCUAUUGCUAAUUUUGGUAGAAAACCUAUGAGCCAUAUGCUUAUCUUUCAUCAAAAACAAGGUCGGAACAUGUCAUGAUCAAAUACAAAGACAAUCUUCUCUGUCCAAAUCCACCUCCAGGCAUGCUCUAUUUCGCCUUUUCCGAGUACUGUCGCCUUCUCGCCGCAUCCCCAAUCCUGCUCCGCGCUUCCGGUAUUCGAAAUAUCAACUCUUUGAGGAUUGUCUUUCAUAUCCUUUUCGGCCUUGGCGCAGUUGCCUAUGCCAAAGGAGUGGUUACGGAUCCCGGUUACGUGGCAGAAGAGGACCCACACGAAUGUGCCAAAUGGAAAUCCGAACUGCAUGCUUUGAGGGAAGCCCAUGAGCGGAAACGGACUGUGUAUACGGAAGUUGAAGCUGAGAAAUUGCGCGAAGAUCUUCUGGAGGUUGGUUUGCGUGAAGAUGAGGAGAGUAAGAAUCUUCUUCAUCUUGUUCGUAGAGGAGGCGGUGUUAUAUUAAGGGUUUCGACAUUGCAUUCUUCACUACCAUCCUUCACCCGUUUUCCAGUAGGAAAAGGGCCAAGGAUGUUCUGAAGAAUGUAAUUCCGUAACCUCUAAUUAUAGCUAAAGGAGCUAGCGCUACAACCUCCGCAUCCACGACGUCAUACUCCGAAGUAGCUCGUCUAGCAGGCUUGCGGUUUUGUCAGGAAGAGCGCAUCUUCAAGCCUGACCGUGCUCACUUUUGUCGUGUGGCCAACAAGAACAUUAUGCGGAUGGACCAUCAUUGCCCGUGGCUGCUGAACACCGUAGGCUUGAAGAAUCACAAGUUCUUUUAUCUCUUUGUGCUGUAUUCGACGCUGACGUGCGAUUUACUCGCUUUGCUACUUUCGCCGUCCGCCUUAGCCGCGACCACAGGAGGAGCAGCUAAGUUGCUUGGAGGCGCAAAACUUGCAGCCGCCGCAACCAUGAUCCCCAGUUCGAGUUGGUUAGUUUUGACACAAGGCGCUGUCUUGUCCUCAGUUCUGGCUGCGGCUAUGAAUCCCUUUCUAGUUUUGCACACCUAUCUGAUGUGCAAGAACAUGACAACUCUGGAGUUCUUCGAGAAGUAUUGGGGGGCAGACGAAGAGGCAAAGCCAAAGGUGGAGGAUGAGAAUAGUACUACUGCAUUGGAAGGAGAAGGCAGGGCAAAUAGAAAUAACCAGGAGGAUAGAAGAGAUAGAGUCGUGAGAUUACACGAUACACGAGGCGGUUUAGAUUUGAGUGUCGCUUCAUCAAGAAGAACAACUACUGCAGGUGGUGCUGUUGAACACUCAUCGACUUCAUUUGCCGCUGAUUUCCUACUCGGCAGUACCGCAGCUAUGGGUGUGCCUCUACUAUCACUAGGAGAUGUUGACGAUGAAGAAAAGAAGACAUCUCUUCAAGAACAAUCUCACCAACCUACAACUCGUAGAACAAACAUAAAGAAUCCUAAUCCUUACGAUUUAGGCAUCUUCUCCAACAUAGCGCAGGUGAUGGGCACUCACAACGUGCUAGUUUGGCCUCUGCCUUUCGUCAACAGCUACAACGAGAGAGCGGAGCAGAUCGGGUACAGAUAUCCUAGAAACGACGAUGAAGAUCGAGAAGAUAAACAGAAAAGAGUAAGAGAGGGAUCAUCUUCAUCUUUAUCUUCGAAGAACAAGAACUACAACAUGAUGAUGCCGUUUUCUUUCUAUCCUGGUGGUGAAGGUGAAGAGGGAGAUCAAGAGCAAGACUCUCUCUCUCGUGGAUUAGACCUCCAUGAUGAGGAUAAUUCUUCUACUUUGUGGGUACCAACUUCCGAUGGACGAGGUCGCAUGGCACAUGUAGGAAGGCGAUCCCUUGUUGCACCAGGUCAAGACGAGGAUGAUAGCGAAGAUGAUGAUCAUGAUCAGUAUGUUGAACAAGAACUUGAACAAGAUCAUGAGAAACAACUGCAAUUACAUCAAAUGUUAAAUAAAAAGAGUUCACUUCCAGAUACGAAGACCGCGCUCUAUCUUGUUGAGAAUAGUACCACGACUCGUACAGGAACGAAAGCACGACCAGCACCUCCGCGACUAUCCUCGAAGCAGAUGAGGAGACCACCAAUUAGGCCCAACAGGAACAGAAGUAGAACCACAGCGAAUCUGAACAAGAGUAGAAAUAAUCAAUCCAGUGCUGGUCUUGAAGAGAAGCCGGACCCGGACACGAGUGUCAACAUGUAUUACAACCAAAGUUCUUUGUUAGGUGAGGAAGACUCCGAUGAGGAGGAUGAAGAAGAGCAGUUUGGAGCACAGUCGCGGCAUCUUCCAGCAUCACACUGUGCUAUUCUUGAGACCAGCAUCACAACUCCAAGAGAUUUCAUCUUCACGCGGAUUAGCAAAGAACAGAAGAAAAAGGCUGGAGAGCAGGAAAAGACGCGACAUUCCAGAAGUACUUCUGCUCGAGCUAAACGAGGAGGAGCGAGUAAACCUGUUCGUGAAGAUCCUUCAGACGAUGAGGCUUCCGCAACUCCUGCUAUGAGUGAACAGGCACUAGCGUGGAUAGGUGAUAAAGUUGAUGAUGUUAUGGUUGGUGGCGAAUAUUUGUGGGAUAUGCUCACAAGAUUUUGACUACAAUGACUAUAGACUACAACAAUGUGAAUGUCUAUGGUGCUGGUGUAUAGAACAAGAACUGCAGGCUUCUCCGAAAUUUGAAUGAAAUGAAUCCGCAAGAACAUAACGUUGGGAACCCAUAUGCGAGCACCAUCAGC